UCGGAACUAUGGUUUAUCCCCGUUUCUACACGACGACGGAACACACAUUGGUGUCAGGCACACGACGAGCACUCUGGUGUUUCAAGCACGGAUUACUCAAUUUUCUGACCUCUAAACGUCCAAAUGUGGAUGCGUUUUUUGAGUGUCAUUUCGUCAUCUGACGGUGACAUUGUUAAAUGACGUGCGGCUAUUAUGAAUAGCCCCGACAAAGUGAGGCGUCAUGUUAAAAGUUUUAAGCGCUCUCAGGUUGUCUUAUUUAAAUUCACUGAAAUUGACAGCUCGACGCAGCAAUUUCUCAACUGAAUGUCUGUAUGAUGAAUCUAUUACGAAGUUCAUUUCAGAGAACACAGAGAUUGUUGUAGAUCAUAACCUGACACCAGAGAUCAAACUCCGACUUUUCACCCCAAAUUGUAGGUUUUGGUUUGAAAGACCAGAGUUUUGGCCUUUUGAGGACCCAUACUGGGCCAUAUACUGGCCAGGAGGGCAAGCACUUUCAAGGUAUCUCCUGGAUAAUCCUGGAGUAAGUUUGGGAAAAUCCGUCUUGGAUCUGGGGUGUGGCUGUGGAGCUUCCGCCAUCGCUGCAAAACUGUGUGGUGCCAAUCGAGUAGUCGCUAAUGACAUUGACUCAGUUGCCACCCUUGCAACCUGCAUGAACUUCAAGCUCAACGGUCUGGAGUCCCCCGUUUGUGUGACAGAUGACAUGAUUGGUUCAGAUCCUGGCAACUUUGACCUGAUCCUUCUUGGCGACAUGUUCUACGAUGAGGCCCUCUCCUAUAACCUUCACACUUGGCUAGAAGACUGCAUCAAAACUCAUAAAAGCCAAGUUCUAAUUGGAGAUCCUGGCAGAGCCCAGUUUGAAGAGCUUGCCUUUCAGUCGCGCCUGAAGAAGUUGGCUCAAUUUGAGCUGCCCAAGCCCGUACGAGAGGAGAACUAUGGCCUCAACUGCAGCAGUGUUUGGUGCUACGAUUUGGAACUAACCUUAAAAUAAAGUUGUAUUAAAUAUUAAACGGUGCAUUUUCUAAAUGUUUUUAAUAACCUAUUUAUCAGGGAAAUAUACAAAAAUGCAAUUAUUUUUAACCUGUUUGACAACAUUUGUCACCACACAGACCCUUGAGUAACAAAGAGGUGACUUAUUUAAUGUACAGAGAAGUUAAGGUACCGGGUAGUUUAAAUUCAGGAUUCAGAGCUGAAAGUCAGUACAAGUCAGAGUAGACAUUUUGCCCAAAUUUCAAAGUCAGCUUUCAGAGUUCGCAAGCAGUAAGUCAUUUUUUUUUCGAGGGCCCGACCAAUCGGGAAUUUUUUUUUAGGCCUAUGCUGAUUUUUGGCAGGAAAAAAAUGUUGCUCACCGUGGUCCAAUGAAUGCUCAGGUAGUUUGUGUGAAUGCUCAGACAUUGAACUCAAAGCUAUCGACAUCAAAAUUAAAAAGACCUGAGACCUUACACUCAACCAGGACUGAGAUUGGACCAGAGAUUGUUUUUCAUUUU